GUGCUGUGUAUGUAGCGGAGAGCGUCGGCCAGUUUACGUUGGUGUGGGUGCGGAGCAGGCGAGUGCGUCGCCGUCGUGCGUUCGCAAGAAAGCACAGAGUCAAGCCACUUUUAUUUACCAAUUACGCAGCGCCGAUGUGCGGUGCUGAGUGUUAAAUGUGCGUGCAAAAUGUCGAAUCCAGGCGGUAGCAGGAGGAACGGCGCCACGAAGAUCCGUCUGACGAUUUUAUGCGCCCGUAAUCUUGCUAGAAAAGAUUUAUUUCGCUUACCUGAUCCUUUUGCUAAGAUAACUGUUGAUGGUUCUGGCCAGUGUCACAGUACAGACACCUGCAAAGCCACCCUUGAUCCUAAAUGGAAUCAACAUUAUGAUUUAUAUAUUGGAAAGAAUGAUGGAAUCACUAUAUCUGUGUGGAAUUAUAGGAAGAUCCAUAAAAAGCAAGGUGGAGGGUUUCUAGGAUGUGUACGCAUAUUAUCAAACACCAUUCAAAGACUUAAAGAUACAGGAUAUCAACGAUUGGACUUGUGUAAAGCCCAUUCCGACGACACAGACGUUGUAAAGGGGCAAAUUGUAGUGUCUUUGUUGUCAAGAGAUGGUCACAACGGUGCAGUGAGCAAUACAGUCUGCCAUAAUGCAGUGGUCGAUGUGCUCGGAGAUUUAAGUUGCCCGAAUGACUUGCCAGACGGGUGGGAAGAGAGGAGAACGCAAAGUGGUCGACUUUACUACGUAAAUCACCACACGAAAAGCACGCAAUGGAUCCGUCCUAAUACUCGGCCUAAUAUUAUACCGACAACACCGGAGCCACCACCGUCGUCGGAGCCGACGUCUCCCAGCAGUAGUGCGAGCUCGCCGAACGUGAGGAAUGAAAGCCCAGCGAGACAUACUUCGCCCGAGUGGGAUGGCGACGGGACAGCGAGUCAAACUCCUAGCAGAGACAGCUCGGCGCAAAACACGCCGAGAAAUACACCGACGCAACAACAGAAUCAGCACAACAUGAGAAAUGUGCCACCUGCGUCAUCCGUAAGAGAACGGCGCGUGGUCAGAGGAACCGAUGAACAGAACGGCAAUCAAAAUGUCAACGGAAGACUAGAGCGCGGCCUUAAUAGCGGUCAACCGCGAAGGCCUAAUCGCAGCAACAGAAAUAGAAAUAAUGUUAUGCCAAGCAGCGACAGGCGAACUGAUCCCCCGCAGCCGCCGGACUUACCUCGUGGCUACGAAAUGAGAAAGACCCAACAAGGUCAGGUAUACUUCUACCAUGUACCCACUGGAUCUUCUACCUGGCAUGAUCCAAGGAUACCACGUGAUCUGCAAGCUAAUGAACUGACGAGUGAACUUGGUCCUCUUCCUAGCGGAUGGGAGAUGAGGCAGACCCAAAGCGGACGGGUGUAUUUCGUGGAUCAUAACAACCGCACAACGCAGUUCACCGACCCCAGGCUGUCCAGUCAAAUCAUAAGCAAUCUCUUGAACAGUAGGAGGCAAAAUAAUAACGUGAAUAACCAAACGACAAAUAACGCGAGCAAUUCUACGACGAGCGAGACCGCCGAGGCAGACACUACGAGUUCACCAAUAGUUCAGCCUAACACACCACAGCAGUCGACGAGAAAUGAAAACGGGAGUAACAACAAUUCCCCGACAAUGGAAAGUGUGCGGCCGCAAAACGCUCAAACGGUGUCAGAGUUGCCCAAGGAACUUAUGGAUAACGAGCUACUGCCAAAAUACAAGCGCGAUCUAGUAGCGAAACUAAAGUGUCUUCGAGCGGAAUUGAAUGCCCUUCAACCUCAGAGUGGUCACUGCCGGCUGGAGGUGUCGAGAAACGAAAUAUUCGAAGAAUCGUACAGGCUGAUAAUGAAGAUGCGUCCGAAGGACAUGCGGAAAAGACUCAUGGUGAAGUUUCGCGGCGAGGAGGGUCUCGAUUACGGCGGCGUGGCGCGCGAAUGGUUGUAUCUGUUAUCGCAUGAGAUGCUGAAUCCUCAAUACGGUCUCUUUCAAUACUCGAGGGACGACAAUUACACGCUACAAAUUAAUCCGGACUCGGGCAUAAAUCCCGAACACUUGUCGUACUUCCACUUUGCCGGGAGGAUCAUAGGCAUCGCUGUUUUCCACGGUCACCAUAUCGAUGGUGGUUUCACGACUCCGUUCUACAAAAUGCUACUUAACAAAGCUAUAACACUGAGCGAUAUCGAGGGUGUCGAUCCGGAACUGCACAGGAGCCUUACGUGGAUGUUGGAAAAUAGUAUAGACGGUGUGUUAGAUGCCACAUUCUCCGUAGAACACAGCAGCUUCGGAGUGUUGAAGAAUCACGAAUUGAAACCGGGUGGUAAAGACAUUCCGGUAACGGAGGAGAACAAACGGGAAUACGUCCGUUUAUACGUCAACUAUCGAUUCAUGCGCGGUAUCGAGCAACAGUUCUUAGCGUUGCAGAAAGGAUUCCACGAAUUGAUUCCUCCGCUGUUACUGAGACCGUUCGAUGAGCGCGAAUUGGAAUUGGUUAUCGGUGGUCUUGGUACUAUCGACAUAAACGAUUGGAAGAUGCACACUCGGCUUAAGCACUGUACACCUGAUACACCAGUGGUGCAAUGGUUCUGGCAAAUAGUAGAGUCGUACGGCGAGGAAAUGAGGGCACGAUUACUUCAGUUUGUUACCGGCAGUUCCAGAGUCCCGUUACAAGGAUUCAAGGCUCUGCAAGGAUCGACAGGAGCGGCGGGUCCUCGACUUUUCACGAUCCACGUUGUCGAUGCUCCAAGUGAAAAUCUACCAAAAGCACAUACUUGUUUCAAUAGAAUAGACAUACCGCAAAAUUACCCGAAUUAUCAAAAAAUGCUUGACAAACUUACACAGGCAGUUGAGGAAACUUGUGGCUUCGCUGUUGAAUAAUAUGGUAUGGUUCUGCAAAAAGCUUCAGCAUGAUUGUCUCCUGUAUACGCUCU